AUGAAUUUAAAUUCUGUUAAACAUGUUUAUAUUUGUAAUAAAAAAACAGCAAAUAAUUGUAUAAAAUAUUUUUCAAAUGCUACUCAAUUGACAAUUAAAUAUUAUUUUAAUAUAUCUGAUGAUUCAAAUUCAAUAAUUCUUAAUCGUAUUAUUCCUUUAAAACAAAUUACUAAAUUAACAAUUGAUUGUUAUUAUUUUUCUUUUCAACAACUUAUUAAUCUAUUACAUUUUUUACCAAAUAUUCAUAUAUUAAAAUGGAAUUUUAUAAAUUACAAUGAAAAUAAUCUACCAAAUGAUACUUUUGAAUAUGUAUCAAAAACAAAUAAAAUAAAAAAUUUAGAUAUUAAAUCAUUAUGUACAUUAGACUUAAUUUAA